GCUGUUUGUCCGCUCAUUUGACGGCACUUGUAACAAUCUGCGUAAUCCGGUGUGGGGCAGCACCAUGCAGCCGUACCAACGGCUGGGACGACAUGCCUACUCCGACGGAAUAAGCCGACCAAAAUUGUACUCCGUGAAAAAACGCAACGGUGAAAGGGAAUUGUUGUUAAACCCGCGUUUUAUAAGCCUGGCAUUAAGCCAGAAUGUCCUCCGACCACAUUCCACGGCCAAUCUAUUAAUGCCGGCUGUUGCUCAAGUAAUUGCUUCCGAUUUGGCAUAUACACCAUCAUUGACUUCCGGCAAAGACACGAAAAGCAUCGACUGCUGCCUGCAUAAUGCCGAUUGCUCCAUUCCGGAAUGCUUUCAGUUCUCGCUGCACCGAAAGGAUCCUUUGUACUCGGCCUUUAAUGUGAGCUGCCAUCAGUUCUCACGGUCAACGCCCUUCUCGCCAUGCAGUAACGGUAUGCGCGAGCAAUUUUCCCAAACCACCCACUGGUUGGAUUCUUCGUUUCUCUACGGCACCACCGACACCGUCAACCGCGGGAUUCGUAACCUGUACCACGGCCAGCUGAGCUUCAUGGAUAUCGAGACCGGCAUGCACAAUUACCAGCGUGCCCAUAUAACCAAACAGGUCCUUCCUCCUCUACCGCCGCACAAUCCACCCUAUCCCUGUCCUACGCCCAACCGCUGUUUCCUGGCUGCGGAUAACCGCGUCAACCAGCAUCCGCUAUUGGCUGCCAUCCACAUCAUCUUGCUGCGGUUCCAUAAUACUUUGGCGACUAGUCUAGCCGCUGGGUUGGGAGCGCAGCCGGGAGAAAACACACCAGAAAUGGAUGAGGAGGUGUUUCAACAGGCGCGGAAGCUGCUGAUUGCAGUGUGGCAGAAUAUCGUUUAUAAGGAGUUCUUGCCUGUAUUGUUGGGGAGUAAGGUUGCCGGGAAUGCGCUGUAUGGGGAGGGUGGACUGCAGUUGCAGCCGUUGGAGGGCGGAUAUUUUCGGGAUUACGACGAUGCGGUGAAUCCACACGUUUAUAAUGAGUUCACGUCGUCUGCAUUUAGGUUGCAUACAUUAAUAGACGAAAGCGUACCACGGUUGCUGUUUGUUACCGGUCUUUCGGAAGAUAACCCACUGUCCAGUCAGUUUAACAACCUAACACUUUUACAUGAAGAAGGAAAUGCGGAUGCAUUAAUCAACGGAAUGCUGGAAGAAAUGGCGCUCGCAUUCGAUUCGCAGAUGGCCGGCGAUCUCCAGGGCGGAUUAUUUCGUGGGCAUCGUCCGUUCGGGCUAGACUUGAUGGCUAUUGAUAUACAGCGCGGUCGCGAUCACGGUUUAGCCAGUUACAACGAUAUACGGCAAAUUUGCGGAUACCGACGGGCUCAGACUUUUGAGCAGCUCGGCGAUGCCACGGGCUUCAUGCCGGCUCAUCACGUGGAGCUUCUCCAGCAGCUGUACAGGAGCGUUGAUGACGUGGAACUAAUGGUGGGCGGGUUAUUGGAAAAUGUGAUCAACGAAGAGGCCAGCGUCGGACCAACGUUUGCCUGCAUUAUUGGGUUGGAGUUUCGAAAUAAGAAAUUGGGGGAUCGGCUGUGGUAUGAAAAUCCUCAGGUUUUCUCAAUGAAUCAGUUGGAUGACAUUCGAAAGAUGACCAUAGCUGAUGUGAUAUGUUUGACCACCGCGCUACGAUAUGUACCAAAGAAUGCCUUUUUACAAGUUUCCGAUAGGAAUCCGCUCAUUUCCUGUCAUGCAAUGCCGGAAAAGAAACUAAAAAGACUAAUAACGGGAUCAUCAUCCGGAAGUCGGCCAGUAUAGCCAGAAAAGAAACACGGAGUGAAGUAACCUUUUGCACAGAGAAGUUUA